ACACAACAUGGCGGCGAAAGGGCUGUGAGGGCUUUAGCUCACGCGUUAUGCGAGCCCAGUUACAGGACCUAUAACAGUGCCCUCGCAUCUAAUUCACCGCAGGGAAAUUGUAGAGAAGCAUAAAGAAGUAAUAUGGGGAUCCAGGAUCUGAUGACAGUGUUCGACAGACUUAAUCCAACAAAUACAGGAUAUAUCAGUGUGGAUCAGCUUUAUGAACUUCUUAAAUCUGUUUACAUUGAACCUGUUCUCUGGGCUCAUGUGGAGGCUGCUGUGCUGCAUGUUUGUGGACCUGACAGUGGAAAUAAAGUUAAUAGGGAGGAUUUUGAAGCAGUGCUAGAAGAGGUGGAAAGAAGACGAGCACUUGAUGAACAGGCAUAUUGGGAUUUUCAGGCUCUGGACUGCAAUGGCAGCCACAUAAUCAGACUGAGUGAUGCCUUCAUGCUCUUCCAAGAGUAUCAUGGUGAUUGUUUUUCUAUACAUACAUGGAAACGCUUCCUUAGUUCACGUGUUCACUCUGAUGCUGGAGUAUGCUUUGAUGAAAUUCGCUUCUGGCUGUGUGAAGUACCUAGUGGAGAACCAAUUCAUGACAGAGAACUGCAGGAUGAAAAGGCACGGCUGGAUUAUAUUCAGUGGCAGCAUAGUCGAAGUGACUAUGAAGCAUUCAGACUGCUACAGAGGGAAGAAGCAAAAGAGUAUGAAGAGGAGGAGAAUAGCAAAGACCUGAUGCAGCAGAAUGCAAGGAGAAAACUGAUCAAAUGGCAGCAUCAAGGGCUGGAAGCUAUGUUGGAUGACAGUGGUCUGGAUAUUGGAGAGGAUGUGCUGACAACAGCAGUUUUCCGUGACAUUGUCAGUGCUUCAGACCUGCUGGAUGCACUUAGCCUUAAGUACCAACUCCUUGUGGAUUCCCUAUCAUUGCAGAUGGCUGACUUUGCAGCUAAUAUGGACAGUGAAAAAUGGGGGCUGGUGCAGAACAUCAAGAAGAAAGUAGGGGCUAUGUUCAGACAAGGGCAGAUGUGUGAUGUUGAGUCAUUACCUGGAGCUUCAGCCCUUCUGCCAGCCACACUUACUGCUAUGAUGGGAGAUCUGAGACCAGCCCACCAGCAACGUCUGACUGAGCUGAUGGCACUAAGACAGAAGUUGGCUGCAGAGGGGAGAGCAGUAAAGGACAUAGAGGACAGCCUGAGAACUGAAUAUGAAAGCACCAUGAAAGGACCAGUGACAUGCGGUCAAGCAUUGUGUGAUCUUGUACUCAGGAAAUCUAAAGAGAAAGAUCUUCUUGUAAGCUUGCUAUAUGGUGAGAAACCAGGAGACUGGAGUUACCCUUGCUGGAUGGAGUUAUGCCAUCUCCAGCGUCAGCAUGCAAUCUUGCAAGAACUCAAAGACUUUUCUCUUGCUUCAUUGGCAGUAGGUCUAGCUGAAAGACCUCAAACCUACAAGCCUUCCGUCUAUGACUGUGAUAGAAAGAGAAGUGAACAGCUGGCUGCUAAAAGGCUUGCUCUGAGACUUGGCCAUGUUGCACUAAGAGCUACUGCUCAGCUUCCUGACAUGUCUGAUCUGGCAAAGCAUGGUGUUGUAAACAUUCGAGCCAUAUUUGUCAAGGAGAUAGAACAUCGGUACUAUCUAGAAAGAGAGGCACUUACUGCCAUGCUGCAAGGCCCAGACAGUGCACAGAGCAUAUCUGCUGCCAAACACAAAUCAGCAGAGGAGAGACACCAACAGCUAACCAUACUGAGGAAUCGCCAUAUAAACUGGAAAAAGAGUAAAUUGGGUGACCCAGAUGCAAAUAUGAGAACACUACAGGAAGCUGUAGGCCUGUAUUGGGCAGAACGACAGAAUGAGCUGGAGAGAGAGCACCCCAAUGUGGAGAGUACCAGAGUGAGUGCAGCGGUAUUAGCAGACUUGCAACAAAGACAGGAAGUGGAUUUUUCCCGGUGCUUGGGAGAAAUGAAUGGGAAGAAAGAGGAUGAGCUGAUACAUUUGCUGAAAAGGGAAUGUCGGAUUCGGUGUCAGGAGCACUUGGAAAAUAUUGCAUUUGUGGUGUUGGGGGUUGUUGAUAUUAGUGAUGAAGAACAAGAGUAUAUAACUGCACUGGAAGAGAAGUACCAAGCCAUUCGAGAUCAGAUCUUAGUCUUUGCUCUCCGAGACAAAUAUGGCAUUGCUGCUUGGAACAGCAUGGGUCGUGAAGGGCGUCGGACAAGAUUGCAGCAACUACGCAAGGAAGAGAAAAGAAUGCGUUGUGAUGGCUGCAUGCAAGACAUGGGUACUCUUUUAGGUCCAAAAUCACAGGCUUUACCAAUACUUGCAUCAUUGGUUGGUGAUGUAAAAAAAUAUGGAAAAGCACACAUGACUGCCUUGAUCUUUAGGCCACAGAACCUUUUAGCAGACACAGUGUCCCGCUUUGACCUUGAACAAGAGGUACUUUUGUCAUGGCUUAAAAGCAGUGAGAUCAGAGAUAGAGCAGGUCGGAGGGGCAAACUUCUGGAGUUCAUAUGUCUUGACAUGGAGCGAUUUCUGAUCAGUGUAGACAGUGAUUAUGAAGCAGGACUGUUGGCGCUUGGACUUUUGGAAAGGAUUGGCACUAUCAAUAAUGGAAGAUCAAAAGAUGAUUUAGAAAGACAGAAAAAGUUGGCAGCUAAGCGUGUGGUACUGAGAAAAUGCCGCCUACUGAAUGGGGAACUGUACAAAAACCCUGCUGAAGAUAAAAAACAGCCAGAGGAAGGUGACAAUCGUGGAUGGCAAUGUGCACUGAUGCGCAGUGUGCUUAGACGUCAGGCAAGUGAGAGAGAAAGUCUUUUGCGUAUUCUGCAGGAUCCUACCUUCUCAGAUCUUGUGGAGGCAGCAGCUAUGAUGGCAUCAGAAGAAAGAUGGUAUCGUCAAAGGUGUCUUUCUGACAAGCAUCAAUGUCUUGAUUUGUCAGGAGCAGAGGGUUAUGAAGACCAAAUCAGCAUCCUCGAGGAAGCUGCAGCCCUUCGGAUAGUGGGACUGCAAGCUGUGGCACAUCAUCACAGUGGACAGGCGUUAUCUGAGGAUGACAUUGCUACAGCCCUGAUGAAAGAACUACAGGAUCUCCAGGAUACAGAACUGGCUCAGAUGCUUGCUGAUGUUCUCAGCAUGGAAGGAGAACUGCUAAAGAAGAAAACUAAAGAUGAGAAGAAAGCAAAUGAUGAACAGCAUGGAUUUAAUGUGAUGGCUGUGUUGAGUCAUCUUGAUGGUGAUUCAAGUGUCACAGAUGCUUUUAUAAAGAUAGUGGAAAACAAAUAUGCAGUACUGAGAGAUUUGCUGUUGACGUUCAAUGAAGAACAAGAGGGAGCCAGUUUGUCACCUAUAAAAAAGACCAAACAGUUGCAACAGCUACCCAAAGAAGUUGUGCUUUUGUGGGAUGCAGGAGAUGCAGAGGGAAUUGUUAAGCUCUUAACUCAGUCAAGAAUUUUGCCACAGCCUCUUGCAUGGAUGUUUGGAACAGACAGAGGCUCUUUUACUAAGCAGAAAGAUAUGGGUGGUGCUCAACAAAAACUUAAAGAGCAGGUGUUACAUGGAUCAGAAAAUACUGGCAUUCUCGCAUCAGUAAAACAUCUCAUGCAGCGCUGUGCUGAGGAGAAGGAUUUUAUCUCGAAAAUUCUUGCAGGUACUUCUGGGCAGUUUUUGACAGAAAGCAGGAAACUGACUCUAAAAUCUAGACUUAAACGAGAAAUAACCAUCAUUACAGAAGAAGACAAUAUUAUCACUGCAGCUCUAGCAUGUGGACUAACUGAGCGGCAGACAGAAAACUUUCGUGAUUCUCAGCUGGAGCAAGACAGAGAACGUUACAAACAACUGGCUGAGGGAAAAUAUUUCUGCAGGAAAAAGAGCAAAGAAGGCAAGCAGGAAGAAAAGCGUAUGGUGGUCGAUCGCUUGGACAACAAAGAAACUCUUCAGGAUGCUGUGCUUAAGCUGCUGCAUACAAAACAGAAGGAGGAAUGUCGACUGCUAGUGGAGAUGCUUACUUCCUCUCGCUUUCCCCACAUCCAGCAGAUGACAGCUCUGGAAUCUCAUCAGCAGUGUGCUGACCGGCUGGAAGCACUACAUGCUAAAUGGGAGCUCUCUAACAAGGAGUCAAGUACUGAUAACAUAGCUUUGCUGCAAGAGGCACUGGUAGUGCUGCGAGAGGACAGACGAAACUGCCAGGGCCAAGAUUCUUCAGAAGAUGAGCAACUUAACUGCUGGUUGAUGGCUGAGGUUCUGCAUUUACAAAAUUGUGAAGCUGAACAAUGCCUGAUGGAUUUUCACACUGAGGAGGCUGAUGAUUUGAUUGAACAUCAGGAGCAAAUAAUCAGGGAGACAACCAACAACCACUGCACUAAUAUAGCUACACUUGUCUUCCUUGGAGAUUUUAUUGGACAUCAUCAAAGAGGGGUUGACCCCAUAAUUGAGGCAAUUGAAGGAAAGUAUGAUGCUCUGCGCAACAAGCUGUUAAUGCAGACUCUAAAGAAGCAGAUUGGCGAAAGCAACUGGCAAAAAUUGUCAGAGGAAGAACAAAUGAAGAGGCUGAUGGAGCUGAAAACGAAAGAGAGACAGCUGCGUUGUGAUGAAAAAUAUGACGAACUGGCGACAUUGAUAGGAGAUGCUUUGAACAAUGAAGAAACACUGAGGAGGCUGGUUGGGGAAAAUCAAGAAGACUAUGACAAGAAACUACAAAAUCGUAUGGAAAGAAGAAGACAACGUAUGGCUGAAGGUAUAAGUGAGGAAGAAUGUAGUCAAAUGGAGAAGGAGGAGGAAAAGCAAGAAGAAGCAGCAGCCAGACAGCGGGGCUGCAAUGUGCUGCUAGGACUGCACCACAACUUCCAGCAGGAAUGUGAAGCCUUGCUGCGACUGAUGGAAAAAGACCCUGAUGCCAUUGAAAGAGAGCGGCAGCAGCAGUUGCUGUGGUUGAGACUUGAGCAACGACGACUACGUCAAGAAGAUGAUAUAGACACAUCAGCUUUCCUGAUCCAACAGUAUAACCAUGCAUUAAAGGGCUCUACUGCUGAAAGACAUAGACAAGAACAACUAGCUCGUGAAAGAUUGAAGGCAGCCUGUAUUAGAAAAGAAGAAAGGGCAAGUUUGCUGGCCAGUGGAGACCUGCCUGUUGACCGACAUCUUCUAGACCUGGAGCAGGAUAAAGCUCGCCUGCAGGAGAUGGCACUGACUUCCCUGGACUUCAACCUGCAGGCAGAGAGGAAUCUGUUGAUAAAGCUUUUAAAGGACUGGUCAGCAGAAAAGCAUGCCAGGGAAGAAGGAAAAAUUCCCAUCUCAGAUCUGCUGGCACAGUUGGAGGAACUUGAUGAGGUUUUCCAAACUUGGCAGUCUUCUUGCUUUAGUUCUGGCCAGUAUGACAGUGCUGGUUUACAGCUUUUGAAGGAUGCCCUGAUUUACACAAUGGAGAUCAAAAGACGAUGGAUGGAGCAGCAAGGGAGGUCAACAUCUGACCCAGAGAUGCAGGUUUCUCUGCUGGCUGAUCUUCAAGAGAUUCAGGAUGGAGAGGUCAAAGGCAUGAUGAUGGCUGUGAUUGACAUGGAUCUGAAAGCGCUGAAGCAGCUGAUUUUAUCACUUACUAAGAACCGAGACCAGGGUUGCCUUGACAAUGUGGCUCAAGUGCUGCUGCACCCAACAGGAGCUCACAAGGUUGAGAUAUCAGCAGCAGAUCAUGAUGAGGGGCUGACGGGGGAGGAGAAGGAGGAAAGACGACUGAUGAAAGCUCUGCAGUUUAAAUAUGAUGCACUGCGUGACAAAAUUAUUAUUGAAGCAUUGAUUAAGCAGUUGGGAGAUGCUGCAUGGCAGCAAAUGUCAGAAAUAGAGCGACAAAGACGGGUGGUGGACUUGCGCCGGAAAGAACGGAAACUGCGACAGAAUGGAAAGAAAGAUGAGAUAGAGGCUUUGAUUGGGCAGCAUCUCAAGCAUAAAGAGUAUCUCAGCAAAAUAUUUGGAGAGUCCAAAGAAGAGCAGAAGUUACGGCUGAAGGAACGUUUAGCUAGACGACAGCAACUGAAGGUUGAAAGGGAGGCUGCAGGACUUGAUACUGAUGACAAAAUACUUGAUGCCUUAAUGCUACAAGAAGAGCAGAAACUUACAACCAGACCCAAGAACCUUCUAGAUGACCUUGCAGUCCACUUUGAGGAGGAAAGACAUCCCUUCUAGAGAUGCUGUCAGGUGGAGAAUAGUCAGGAGACAGGGCAAAACAGAGAUGGCAAGCCUUGAUAAAGCUGCAGCAGGAGAAGGACCAUA